AUGAACGGUGCCGAGAACUCGGCCCAAAUUGGCAGUAAGCAAGGUCCUGUGAGUCCAGAAGAAUGUUCAGACAUGAUUCGACGAGUCGUAGAGCUGGGAAUGAUGGGAUCCAGUGUGGCUCAAGGAUUUCCCAGAGAUUGGCUAAACCGAGUGAGUUUCUUUCGUUUUUUUGUUUCUUUCACGUCUAGGAAACCGCUAAUGAACGCCAAAUGACUCUAUCUGUUUCUUUUAGAUAGUGUCUCAUGUUGCCGUUCUGUUCAAAAGCGAAGGAACUAUCGUUGAUUUGAAGGUAACCAACAGACCCAGAUGCGUUUAUUCUGAUCUUCACGGUGACAUCAGACAGUUGCUGCUGUGGUUCAAAGAUCUCGAGGGUCAGGAUGUCGACCUCUUGUUCUUGGGUAAGUUUUUAAAAAUAGUUUGCUUUGUUUUUGGGUUUAGAUACAUUUUUUUGUGUGAGUGAUCCAUGCGGAGAAGGAUUUGCUAGAUUGUUUGGGACUUCUGCGAUCCUAUUUGAUCGGAUUGAGUGACGUGGUUGACGUUCCUCAUGUUAAUUGCAACAAAAGUGGAAGUGUUACCUAAAAUAAUGUUUUUGUUGAAAGGGCAUCUAGCAUCAUUUUAAAAUUCGACAAAACUUAUAAAAUAAUUUUAGGAGACUACGUUGAUCGUGGGAAGAAUGCUAUCGAGCUUCUAAUUGUCCUAUUUCUCCUCAAAAUCUCAUUCCCAGAUAAUGUUCAUCUUCUCCGUGGAAACCAUGAAACCCCUGAUCUCGGCAAUCAAUUUGGACGCCAGGUAAGCUUAUAGCUUCUUUCUUAUUUUUCUUUCCAAUUUUAGUGUCGUUCUCAACUUGGGAAAGAGUUUGAUGGGCUCUUCAACUGUGUGUUCGAUCGAAUGCCAAUAAUCGCUCGAUUGGAUGGGGAAAACUGCAGCAAUGGAGGUGAGUUUUAAGGUUUUUGGAAGUUUUAAUGGAUGAGCGGUUUUAAGGGGAACACUACCGGAAAUUUUUACUUCUAGUUUGGAAGAAAUAUAGGUGUUUUAUAUUAUACUUGGUAUCAGAUGAAGUUUUUCUUAAUUUUAUGUUGUCUUGGAUGUUCAUGCAGUUGGAAAUGAUAUUAAUAUUCUCUCUACAUCAUACUCGUGUUAGUCUAUCUUACUAGAAUUAAAAAAGAUGCCUUUUUUUCUUCAUUCAAACCAUUUUUAUCUUACACUUGACUCCAAGUAAAAAAGUCAAAAAAAUCUAGUGAUUUCAUGUUUUUUUUUUAUUUAUUUUAUUUACUUUCAGAGAAAAUAUACUGUGUACAUGGCGGAGUUUCGCCUUGGAUGGAGUUGUGCCCCGAUUCUCUGGAGAAAUUGGCCAAAAAUGGAGAUCGAAGGACCUUGCCCGAAACCUUGAUGUUGACCGAUAUUCUAUGGUCCGAUCCUGAUAUGGGAGAUGAGGGAGAAGAGGAUGGAAGGUAGGAUUGUUGGGGGAAUUGGGUUUGGAGGUUUUGAUUGGCCUAGUUUUUCGAGGAACACGUUUUUUGGUUGUGGGUAAUAUAAAAAUUUUUAUUUUGUUGAUAAAUUAUUAGAUACGGGUAGGAAUAGAAAGCAGAGGUGUUAGAAAUUAUUUGAAGGUGAUCUAUUGGAAUUUCUGAUAGUUGUUUAGCUUCAGAAAAGACAAAAAUUUGGUUUUUAGGUGAUUUUUUGCUAAAAUUUUUUAAUGAAAAUUGGAAUUUAAGGUAAAAAAUAUAUUCUACUUAUUAUCUAGUUACCAAUGUUUCAGUUUUGAUGUAAAUUACGGCGCAUGCCCUCGAGGAAUUGGUGUUUAUUUUAAAGCCGCCGGCGCCAAGCGGGCCUUGGCCAAACUGGGCUGCAAUCGAAUGAUCCGAGGUCACACUCAGCCCCCCGAGGGCUUCAAAGACUGCUUCAAGUCGAAACAUCUCUGUCUCAACAUCCAUUCAUCAUCAUUAAAUCGAAAAGAGAAUAACAAACCACUCCUUUCGUCGAUGGCCCGAGUCCAUUCAACCACGAAUUCAUCAACGAAUCCACCGACGAAUCGCCUGGAAAUUUCGAUCAAGACCUCUGCGAAUCAGAAGGGAGAUACAGAACUUCCGAAUGUCAUAUUAUGGGCCGACUUUUUGAAGUUUUUUGAUCGAAUGAAAACAAAAAUUGGUCCAAGCAAAGUGAAGUGUAAUGUAAUCGACUUUUAUUUGGUCCCGUUGGAAACUUCGAGGCGUUCUUUUACGAAGUAUGGAAGAACAUGCUCUCAUAGGAUUCUGGUCAAAAUUUUUGAGGUGAGAUUUUUUGAAAAUUUGAGUGUUUCGAACGCAGUACAUUUUUUUUGAAUUUAAAAAAGAUUGGUUUUGCAUUUUAUGAACGUUUUUACUGCAGGUUUUUCUUCUCGGAAGAGAUGAACCCUUUUUUUGACUUUGCACGGUGCAGAAAAGGUUUCGAGCGAAACGCACAGUGCGCUUUGUUUGUCGCUGAUUUUCAGAGCGAAGGGAAAGAAAAGCGCCGAUUUCCUGGCUGCUUUCUGCCCUUUCCGUGUCGCGAUUCUCGCACUGUGCGAAGGUUUGAGCUGAAAAACUUGCAGAUUCAUGCACGGUGCAAGAUUGAUUUUUGAAAUUUGCACGGUGCGAAAGUUUCGAGCGAAACGCACAGUGCGUUUUGUUUGUCGCUGGUUUCCGGUCCGAAGAGAAAAAAUUGCGAUUCUCUUUUUGCACUCUGAUCUUUCGGUAUCGCGAUUCUCGCACUGUGCGAAGGUUUGAGCUGAAAAACUUGCAAAUUUAUGCACGGUGCAUGAUUAAUUUUUGAAAUUUGCACGGUGCGAAAUUUUUUGAUUUGAAUUUUUGCGGAAAGGGCUUUUUUUUGGGAUUUUUUAGUUCUUCAAUGAGUUUUUUUGAUUUGAAAAUUUAUUUUCUAGGACGCUCCAAAAUCCCGUCGGAUUUCCCUGAGCCGUGAAGAUCAGGGAAUGCGCGCUAUUUGGAUUAUCAGAGGGCUCCUGACGAUCUUCCAGAACCUCCCCAACGUUGAUAUCAGUUUCCUAAAUGGAGGAGACGAAGACUUUGAUUAUUACAUAAGAUUGUUGACCAUUUUAAAUUGGAAGACAUACAAUAUCAGAAUUGAUGAUCUGCUCUUUAUAAGGUGAGUGGAAUUUGCGAGAGAAUUUGAUGAAAUUGGGAUGAAAAUUGGACCGAUAUUCUGUAGUGAGAAUAUUAUAGAGAUUCAGAGAGCGAUUUUUAGGUAUAAAAUUUAUAUUUUAUCAGGAAAAUUUUUUUGGUUCGCUAAGUGAGCUCUGAAUAACAACAAAAAUUUCACAAUUUCUUAAGAAAAUUAAAACAAAAGUUGAGCCGAUUUCAGAGACACUGUCAAAAAAUUCGAAGCCAUGCUCGAAAACCCGAAUGCCAUCAACGAAUUCGAAGCCAAUGACGACAUAAAAAAACGAAACCGUGAACGAAAACGAAGCUGGUCCAGAAUUUCUUUCUAA